AUGGACUUCAUGGAAACCAGCGGAAGUCGACUCAUGAGCGGCACCUUUGAAAGCAAUGGUGUCGACAUGUUGACAUGCACCGACUUGAUCCAAAGUAUCUUCACUUCUCCUGCUGAGCUUCGGGAAAAGGCUCGAAGCGUACCCCUCCAUGGAGCUUUUUAUGACUUGCUCUUUCACAACUGCCAGCUCUUUCUCCUGCAGCUUAUCUGCCAAAGAUACUUGGUGCCCCUCAAAGUCAUGCCGCUUGCUGUGGGCUCCGUUGUUGCUAGCCCGCUGCUGCUUGUGAUGGAGCUCACGUUUUUGGCUUUGUUUCAGGCACUCCAGACUACAGAUGUGGCCGCAGCUUUUGGUUUAGCAUGGAUUUGCGCAAAGGUAUACCUGGCGGAUAGGUAUCCUCGAGAGAACAUAUUGGACUUCCUUCCAUAUUUGGCGGCUUUGCUGAUCACAUUGGGUCUCAUCUGCCGUCAGGGAACUGAUCCGGUGACCGCCAUUCCCGUUCUAAGUUUGCUGUGGCACAUGGUCAUGAUCUGGGAGUCGAUGAGACUCAACAUGGUGUACCAGAGUGGACGCCUGACCUUGUUAAACACUGGCUUGUUCAUUCUGGCGGUCGGCCUGGUUGCUCGUGUGCAAUUCCUUAAUGGAUGGCCUGUUCAAGACCUGUUGAUAGUUGUGCUACUGGCGCCGCUACCACUCCUUAGAGUGGUGCUUGUGGGGUACAUCGUGUCUGCAUAA